UUUAAACUGAAAAAUGCUACUUUACUUGUUUGUGGCUUGCAUGUGCAUGUUUGGCGUCGCUUACGAGUAUAUUGUUGAUUACGAGAAACUUGAGCUGGCUUAUUAUGAAAAGAGUUUGGUACGAGAUGCUUACUUUUUGUUCAGGAAAUACAACAGGACGAAUCAUUGUCUGAACGUGUCCUUUGUGUUACUGAAGGAUUUGGACGGCCGUAAACUCCAAUUUACGACAAGCGUCCAUCAAUUUUUGAGCAACGAAUACAAGAAAACCGGCAUGGAAGCCACUUAUAAUGUUUGCGAGUAUUGGAGUAGAGAUAUUUACGGGACUACAAGUUUCAUUAAGAAAUUUGGGAACUUGGAAGGAUGCGAUAUUAAGAAAGGUUUUUACUACUUGUAUAAUUUUAUGCCCGAUGAAAGCCAGUUUCCGAAAUUUGUCCCUCUUGGACGCUACAUGAUUCAGAUGAACGUUGUCCGAAAAUCGGGGGCUCCGCUUUUGAGAUUUCAGUGGUUUGUGACAGCCCGGUUUAAGCUGAAUAACCGGGUUUAUGGCGUUUAGUUAAACGUUAAAAAAUAAAUUGCUUGAUUCCAUUAUAAACGCGAGUAGUUUGGUUAGGUGUAUUACUGUAAUUCCGGUAGGAAACUAUCUUUGGAACAAUAAAAUCUUUCAUUGCGA